AUGUCCAAACUCGGCCUUCGCCAGGUCACUGGUGUGACCAGAGUGACCAUCUGGAAGUCCAAGAACAUCCUCUUUGUCAUCACCAAGCCAGACGUCUAUAAGAGCCCGGCUUCGGACACCUACAUCGUCUUCGGGGAGGCCAAGAUAGAGGACCUGUCCCAGCAGGCCCAACUGGCCGCAGUAGAGAAAUUCAAAGUCCAAGGCGAAGCCGUCUCGAAUAUCCAGGAAAACACACAGACUCCCACCGUCCAGGAGGAGAGCGAAGAGGAAGAGGUUGACGAGACGGGCGUGGAAGUGAAGGACAUCGAGCUGGUCAUGUCGCAGGCCAACGUGUCCCGGGCCAAGGCCGUGCACGCGCUCAAGAACAACAGCAAAGACAUUGUCAACGCCAUCAUGGAAUUGACGAUGUGAGGCCCUCCGCCGGAGGACAAGGACAUUUUUGGUGUCUCAGAUUAAAUGCAGCUAAAUUGGAGCUUUGUACUGUU